UGAGAGGAUGUGGUCUUCUCUGGUGAUCCCCACUUUUCUUUUCCUGGGUUUUUCUUCUGUAGGAUUGGCCCCAGAUCCAGGGUCAACCACCCAUGAAAAUGACAACUACCCACCUUUUUGGGACCAAAUUGAUGGAAACAUAGCAGAAUUUCCAGUGCAGAAUAACAAGAUAAUUGUUGAUCCCUGGAAAUAUAUGGAUCGACUAAGAAUAUUUAAGAUCCUUAUAACAGAAUCAAACAAAUAUUUUGCUUCAUUUGGAAAAAACAAUACAGGCAAUGUGUUUUGGGCAUUGACUUUAUUAUAUGGAAGGCUAUUUAAAACAGAUAGAUUUUCAGAGCCUCCCAGUAGUUCCCGGUGUGCUUAUGAGUCUGGAGUCUCUAGCUGCAUAUCUAUCAACAGUGGCUGGGGAGGUAUUAGCUACUAUGUGGUUAUGAUGUAUUUCCUUGCUGCAAUUGAAUCUGAGUUUUUGGGGAAUUUGCCAUAUGAGGUAGAGUUACUAUCUCGAGAGGAGUACAGAUCUAACUUCUGUUACUCAGUUGAGGAAUGCCGUGCAGAGUAUCCACAAAUUAUGGAUAUAGCCAACAGGUUUUAUAAGUAUCUGCUGUCCAGAAAGAUAGUUUCCACUACCAGCGGUAUUCCUCAGUAUGACACAGAUGAGGACACAGCGAUCUUUAAGAUGUGGGCAGCCCAUCAAGCUGCUGUUGAUGUGGCAAAACCGAUGUUCAGUGAUAUGUAA